CUUGGCCAAUAAGCUGUCUCUAUAUAGCAUUACAUUCUUGUAGGCGACAGCAGAACUUGAGGACAGACUUUUUCACAGAGUGAUUCUACAGACAAACUAAUAGUGUUAGGCUUAGAGAAUGUGUAAAGGGUUUGCAGUCUUACAGCAAACAUGUAUUGAGAGGGCGAAACAUAUCAAGGUGAAGUUUGGUACCCUGCUCCAGAGGCCUGGCCAUGAACACACUGAGAACGUCAUCCCCUUUCAGAAAAAACCUGAGAACGUAAUCCCCUUUCAGAAGAAACCUGAGAACGCCAUCCCUCUUCCACAGAAACCUGAGAGAUGUCUGGAGACGCCUCUGAAGUAUGACAGACCAUCAAGAGCGGAAGCAUCGCAGUGGGGGAAGGCCCUGGACAAUGUACUGACCAACAACUAUGGUCUGGCUACUUUCAGGGGCUUCCUGAGGUCAGAGUUCAGCGAGGAGAACAUUGAGUUCUGGGUAGCCUGUGAGGACUACAAGAGGACCAGAGAAACAAGCAAAAUGGAAGCCAAGGCUAAGAGGAUUUAUAAGGAGUUUAUACAGACCGGGGCCCAUUGGGAGGUGAACAUUGACCACAUCACCAAGGACGUAACAGUAAGGAACUUGGGCCGACUGACUCCUAUGACCUUUGACCUAGCCCAGAGACAGGUCUUUGCCCUCAUGGAGAAAGAUUCAUACAGGAGGUUCCUCAAAUCCAACCAAUACCAGGAGAUUAUAAAGUAGACAUUCAAACACUGAUUGGCUAGAGUCGUGUCAUCGGACUGAUUGGAGGGUUCGUUGGGUAAAUGACUGAUUGGAGGGUUCGUUGGGUAAAUGACUGAUUGGAGGGUUCGUUGGGUAAAUGACUGAUUGGAGGAUUCGUUGGGUAAAUGACUGAUUGGAGGGUUCGUUGGGUAAAUGACUGAUUGGAGGAUUCGUUGGGUAAAUGACUGAUUGGAGGGUUCGUUGGGUAAAUGACUGAUUGGAGGGUUCGUUGGGUAAAUGACUGAUUGGAGGGUUCGUUGGGUAAAUGACUGAUUGGAGGGUUCGUUGGGUAAAUGACUGAUUGGAGGGUUCGUUGGGUAAAUGACUGAUUGGAGGGUUCGUUGGGUAAAUGACUGAUUUAUUGAUUGGUCUGUUAGUCAUUUUUUGGAAUCUGAUAUUUAGCACAUAUUUACCUGAACCAUUAUUCAACUGAUACAGUAUCUAAUAGAAAUAAAUAUUACACACAAAA